CGCACGGGUUGGUCGUGAGAUUUGCGCGGUUGGAUUGAGUGGGAGUUAGUCGUGGUGAUGAGGGAGAGGGCAGGUUCAGAGGGGGGACUGGACGGUGAAGACUGUAAAGGCAAGUCUGAGCUUGUGUUGUUGGUUUGGAUGUUGGUUGGGUUGGGUUUAUACACUUUUAUGCACCUGAACUCUGUAUAUCAUGCAUGCAUGCAUGCAUGCAUGCACUGUCUACGUUGUUUAUGGGUUGUAGUUUCUUGGUUCUAUUCUUUAAAGAGGAUGAAAGAAAGGAGGGUCUAGUGGAUGCAAGCUGCAAAGAAUACUACAUACUACCCACUUACUAUUCAUGCAUGUUGUGAAUGUGAACUAAAUUCAGCAGGGAUUACAUUACAAUCUACGCGAACAUACAUACUUCAUUUUUUCGACAGCUUGAAGGCUUUCUCUUUCUGUUUUAGUGCUCACCCCUCGCCGCUUUUGGCUCUCUGAGUAGAUCCGAGCACGCCCUGAGCGGCCUGAGGCGAUCAUUGAGCAAGGGGUGAGUGCACUGAGUAAGC